AUGAGACUGGCCUUCGUCCUGGGCCGGUUUUGUCCACGUCCGGCCUUCCGAGCCCCAGCGCCGAACGGCACCACCACCCAAUUCUACUCCACAUUCAGGAGCACCUUCCGGAGCUCACACCAGCCGAGACGAAUAUCAUGGCGAACCGGCGGCAACGGUAGCGGUAGCAGUAACCGAUACACGAGAUACACCCUCCGAGCCGGCGGAGCAGGUGCCGGUGCCCUCGGCACAGCCGCCUUCUUUGAGCUCUCGGAGAAGGACAAUGGCGGUACCGACCAGACGGGCGAGAAGCGCAUGUUGGAGGUUAGCCGAGCCGAGAUCAAGAAGAAGGUCGCCGACGACGAUAGCGGGAUUUCGAGGGCUUGGCAUACGUUGAAGAUUGCCGUCGAAGUCUAUGUUUGGGAGCCCCUGUGUACCGGCGUGCGGUUCCUCCAUCUGCUCGUCAUCUUUGUUCCCGUCAUCGUCGCCGUUCCUGCUCUGUGGUUCGGCACGCGGCAGAAAGAUCGCGAUAACGAGAGAAGCGGCACGCUAUGGUGGUACGGCUUCUUGGUCCAGUCUAUGGAAUGGGCUGGCCCAGCUUUCAUCAAGCUUGGUCAAUGGGCGGCCUCUCGCUCCGACAUUUUCCCAAACGAAAUGUGCGAAAUCAUGUCCAAACUCCACUCCAACGCCCCGGCGCACUCUAUGCACGACACAAAGCGCAUCGUCUCCGCUGCCUUUGACGGACGCGACUUUAACGACAUUUUCGAAGAAUUCGACGAGAAGCCCCUUGGUGUAGGCGCCAUUGCUCAAGUCUACCGAGCCAAGCUCAAGGCCAGUCUCGCCGCCCCCGGCGACGCAGACCUUCCGGAAGAACCCAGGCCGCUCCGUCAUAAGGUGGCAAAGAACGUCGAUGCUGCCCUCAAGAGCACGCCCAAGAGGGUUCCCUCCACCUACGUCGCUGUCAAGGUCCUGCAUCCCCGCGUCGAGAGGACCGUCCGCCGAGAUCUGCGCAUCAUGCACUUCUUCGCCUCCGCUCUCAACGUUAUACCCACCAUUGAAUGGCUCUCCCUCCCCGACGAGGUUGCGCAGUUUGGAGAGAUGAUGAAGCUCCAGCUCGACCUCCGCAUCGAGGCCGCCAAUCUCGCCAAGUUCCGCAAGAACUUCAAGGACCGCACGACGGCAUGGUUCCCCUACCCGUACACCGAGUUCACCACCCGCAACGUUUUAGUCGAAGAAUUCGCGCAGGGUAUCCCGCUAGCCGACUUCAUGGAGAACGGUGGCGGUGUCUUCCAGCACGACAUUGCUUCCGAGGGCCUCGAUGCCUUCCUGCGCAUGCUGCUGAUUGACAACUUUGUCCACGCCGAUCUGCACCCGGGCAACAUCAUGGUCCGCUUCUACCAAUCCCACGAGCCGGAUCUCAAGUUCCGCAGAAAUCACGCCAAGGAGCACCCAGAAGACCAAGACGAUGUCACAGAACAGGUCCUCGCCCGUCUGCGGCCCUAUCGCCAUAGAAAGGAUCCCGCGGCGUGGGCGGCCGAGCUGCGUAAGAUUGACAACGAGGGCUUCCGCCCACAACUCAUCUUCAUCGACACGGGUCUGGUGACGGAGCUCAACCAGACGAACCGCACGAAUUUCCUCGACCUCUUCCGUGCUGUCGCAGAAUUUGAUGGAUACAAGGCCGGUAACCUCAUGUGCGAGCGGUGUCGCCAGCCCGACGCCGUGCUCGACAAGGAGGUAUUUGCGCUCAAGAUGCAGCACCUCGUUCUGGGCGUCAAGAGCCGCACCCUCGCGCUGGGUAACAUUAAGAUUGGUGACAUCUUGCAGGAAGUUCUGGGUAUGGUCCGUGGGCACCAUGUCCGUCUUGAGGGCGAUUUCGUCAACGUCGUCAUCAGUAUCUUGCUGCUGGAAGGCAUCGGACGCAGUCUGGACCCGGAUAUGGACCUUCUGAGCAGCUCCCUGCCUAUCCUCCGGCAGUUGAGCGCGCAGAGCGGUGCCGAGAUGGCGAAACAUGGUGAUUUCAGCAUGUUGGUUGUGUGGGCUGGCCUGGAGACCCGGCGGUUCUUGCAGGCGAGCAUUGAAGAUGUUGAACGUUGCGUUAAAUAUGAUCUCCUUGCACCGAAUGUGUAA